AUGAGCGCUGCAUCGUCGGUGUCGGCCGCUUCGGCGGCCGUCGACUCGCCCCAACUCUGCCCCACGGCGUCGCGCAUCGUCGAGCCCGUCCACAGCAGAACGGCAAGCGAGCAAACACACACGCGCUCCGGAUUCAGCGACCCCUCCAGGCCUGGCUCGAGACUCGACAUCGACAUCCGUCUACAGUCCGCGCCGUCAACGCCAGCCAAGCACAAACUAUCUCGCAGCGUUGGUGCCUAUCCCGUCUCACCGAGCGUCGAGGCCCGCCGGCAGGGCCUCGCGUCGCCAUCGCGUGCCAAACUUGUUGAGCCCAACCUUCCUUCUGCGCCCAAUGUCUGGACUCCCUCCGAACUCGCGCAGUACCUCGCAUGGGCGCUCCGCAGCGGCGGUGACGACGGGCGUGGUCCGACCCUUCCCUCCCUUGUCAUUGAGGACGUCGUAUCCUGGGUGUUCCGUUCGCAGGUCACCGGGCGCCAGUUCGUCGCUGGCGUCGACCAGGGCGUCGCGCGCCCGCCUCCAUUCUUACCAGUUCUCGCCACGAUGUCCCGCCGCCUCCGCCGGACUGGCUCGCGCCUAUCCGACGCAAGUGCAAGUACGGCGUCAGGUAUGGACAGCGACAGGGAGCAGGUGACGCGCGUGCGCCGGCUCGCACAUGCGUUCGAGCACAUCUCGAGCGCAUCCGAACCGAGCAGUGACGAGGCCAGUCUGUCCGUGCUCCGCGAGCAACUCACCGGCGACAGCGUGCACGGCUUUGGGCGUGCUGCACCCAAGGCAGAGGCUCGUAACUGGUCACGCCGUGACAGCGUGGCAAGUGUCGCGAGCAUCGCGAGUGGGAUCAGCACGGGGAGUCACGCGCUGUGGCGCCCGUCCGAAUCUGGUGACGCCUCAGCCACUGUUUAUGUCACAAACGACGAGGAGGUGUAUGCGCAAAGCAACACCUCGCCAACCGCUCCGCUGCGUGCCAAGGCUGAGGCCAAGGCAGCCCUCGAGCUGGCAGAGCUCGCCGACCUGGCCAAGAAGGGCGCGGACAAUGACUCACCGCCCCCGCCCUACGCCCCUUCGCCAGCACGCACCGGCCUCCUCUUCCCCAGCGUCUCACCUUCUGUGCCAGAACCCACCUCCUCAGGACCCCUAACACCUCUACGCGCAGAGGUGGCAUCCUCACCCGAACCUGACUCGCCCUCUCCCUCGGUUCACAUGGCGCGCAUGGGCGCCCACCGCUCAAGCGGGGUGGACCCGUACGCUGUCCUCCGCCGGAGAGACAGUGGACGGCCGAGCGCCAUGCUCUUCACCCAGCCCGAGGAUGAGGAGGACUCGGACGACAAGGAGUCAGCCGCGCACUGGACUACGACGCGACGCGCGACAGUCCGCCCCCGGCCAGUCACAAUGUCACCGACCAGCGUGCCUGCGACGCCGUCAAAGUCGCACGUCAGCACGCCGGGAUCACUCCGUCGCCGGCGUGAGGCAGCUGUAGCGCGGGAAGUAGCAGCCUUAACGGAACGUAUACGCGAGCUCGAGGCGAGACUCGCGGCUGUCGAGACGCCUGCGGCCUCGCCGUCCGGUUCGGUCCUCCAUCCGGACGAGGGGCACAAGUCCAAGCCUGGCCCCAGGUCCCGUGGGGUUCUUGCCGCAUUAGGAUUCACAGACGAGCACGGCAACGAGCCGCGCCUCCAGGACGUUCCCGUACUCCUGUUCCUCCUGGGCGUUGGGGUGGGUGCCGGCGGCUGCGCCGUCGUCGUCCGUGUCCUCCUCCAGCGCAAGAUUGCAGCUUAG